UACCAUCUCUUUAACAAAGUGUAGAUCUAGAGAGUGACUUGCAGACUACUUAAGAAGUUUUAUAGAUAUUGGAUCUCUGCUUUGAUCCCUACAAGAAAACUUCUAACUGGAUUUUAUCCAAUUUCUUUACCUUAUUUGCAUUCUGCUUCUCCUACUGAUUCAAUGGCAAGAAUAGUAGACCCUCUUGUUGUGGGGAGAGUGAUAGGAGAUGUUCUUGAUUCUUUCUCUCCAACAAUCACAAUGUUUGUAAGUUACAAUAACAGGCAAGUCUGUAAUGGCCAUGAGCUUUUACCUUCCACAGUUUCCUUCAGACCUAGGGUUGAGAUUCAAGGAGGUGAUAUGAGAACUUUCUUUACACUGGUGAUGACAGACCCAGAUGUUCCUGGACCUAGUGAUCCUUACUUAAGGGAGCACCUGCACUGGCCAGUGGCAAACAUACCAGGAACAACAGAUGUCACAUUUGGGAGGGAACUGGUGAGUUAUGAGAUACCAAGGCCAAAUAUAGGCAUCCACAGAUUUGUUUUUGCUCUAUUCAGGCAGAAAGGUAGACAGAUAUUUAACCCACCUUCUUCAAGGGAUAACUUCAGCACUCGAAUUUUCGCUGCUGAAAACGAUCUCGGUCCUCCUGUUGCUGCCGUCUACUUCAACGCACAAAGAGAAACUGCAGCUAGAAGACGCUAACCAGAUCCCCACAUCCCCCAUUUUCGUCCAGUCUAUUUGGAAACCAGAAAAUAAAAAAUUACCCAUUUGUAAAUCUAAAUAACAUGCAGUAAUGGAGAAAAUUACCAUCUUUGUACCUGCAAUUCCGCCAUUGUACUAUGAAAAUCUUCUGGUUUUUGUUAAUUCAAUUUGAGAAUGAUUAUGAGACA